UUGUAACUCAGAGAAUACAAAGGAACUUAUUUUGCGCAUGAGCAUGAGAUCACUUUUGGGACAGAUCCAGGACCUGGUAGUAAAGAUUAAGGGAGGAAUUAUCAGCGACAAAAUAAUUUCAGUUUAGUUUCAGAAUCCAACUGGAGACACACCCAUGACAGUAAAAACACAGAGGAAGAGGAAAGAGAAGAGAAGAGAAGAGAAAAGAAGAGGAGAGAAGAGAAGAGGAGAGAAGCAGCACUUGGUGCAAAAACCCAGAACUGCGUAAACAAGUCCAGGAAGUUAUGUGCUGAUCACAGUCUGCCUACAAGAAUACAACACUGAGACAUGGCAAAACUGAUACAUGAUCAACAAUGACAUAAGUGCUCUAGUCUUGUGCUGCCUGUGGGAUAUCCAUAAAAAUGGAAAGCAGAUCGUCAGAGAUGGAAUGGCAUGAACUGCCCUACGAGAGCUGGACAGAAUCUCACGUGAGCUCCUGGUUGAGAUGCAUUGGAAUUAAAGAAAUGUACAUUAAAAAACUGGAGGAGGAGGAGGUGACAGGACCAGUUCUCACAACUCUACAGAGGGAAUUCCUUAGCACCACUAUUGGAAUGAAAGGUGGCCAAAUAGAGCAUCUGCUGAAGAAAAGAGAUGAACUUCUAAAGACAGAACAGCAAAAAACAAAAAAUAAAAGUAGAGGUGACAAAAAAGAAGUGUUCCUUUUAGGACAAGAACCAAAACUUACUUCACAAGAACCUUGUGACAGAGUGGAGACUGGGACUAUUCCUUUAACAUGCAGUGACAAUUCAACCUCUGCAGAAGUAGCUUUGUCCUUUCUGUGACUAUCGGAAAUUUGAUCAAGAUGAAAAGGACUUCAGGUAUGUAAAGAAAAAUGUGCUUCCUCCGGAGACAGGAAUCGAAAACAUGAUUGUUCCAUGUCAUGAAUAUAAGUCACUGGAGAAUGCACACAAACUAGAAUCACAAAGGCUAAAAACAAAAGUAGCAAGUGAGGUGUUAAGAUUUGCAUGUGCAUGCAUGAAUAUGAGAGCCAAUGGGACGAUUCAUUUUGGCAUCAAUGGAUAAAGUCAGAGGCACUCACAAGCAUGGGGAAAUCAUAGGGAUACCUGUGCAAAAUCGUGAAGACUUUGUGGAUGCAUUAGACUACAUUGAAAGAUGCUUCAAAGGAUCAAAUCAACAAAGUGAUGCCAGGAAUUGCAUAAGGAAUCCCCGAUUCAUAGAGGUGCUGGACAAGGAAACUUCUGAGAAAGCCUGGGUCAUUGAAUAUGAUAUUGUCCCAAAAGCAAGCACUGUAAAAGAUAAGCUUUACUAUGUUGGUGUCCCAAAAUUUUCUGAGAAGGACAACAAAGUCAAAUGUGAAGAGAAAGUGCCCUACUACAGAGUAGGAGCUAACACACCACGCAUACCUGAUGAUGACUUUGUUCUUUUCAUUCAAGGACUGAGAGAGAAAGACCAACAGAGAGAGGAGGCAGAAUCUUCAAACAAUCAAACAACUGUGGACUUAAAAGAGGAUCAAAAAAGGAAACUUGCCAUCCUCUUAACAUGUGGAAAAACACACAUGGACAACUCUCUGUUUUACAUUGUUGUGACAAAUAAAUUUCAGACAGAGCAUCUCAACAGCAUAAGCUUCUUGGUUCCCAUGAAUCUAUUCUGUGUGUUUGAUUUUGACCCUGAUUCAAAGACAUCUGGUCUUUGUGGUCGAUAUAAAGAAGAGAAGGCUGUAAACCUUCACUUUCUUGAUGACUAUGCAAAUGACAGUGGAUUGGGAACUACUGACUUUAUAAACUCUUUGCAGCUUUUUGAGAGAACAAGUUGGAUCUUCUGCAAUGGAAGAAGUGACUUCCCUGGUGGGGAACAAACCUGUGAUGAAAAAACCUGGAUCAAAACAAGAAAAAAGAAACUGAAAAAAGCAGUAUCACUCAUCUGCAAUGAUAUCCUUCCCAGAAGAUCAUUUGUUGUCCUCUUCCUGCUCAUGUCUGAUGUUGGGCAGCCACUUGUUGAGACUUUCCAUGAAUUCUAUGCAGAGUUAAAUGGACAUGAUUUUUUGGCCGUCAUCUCUGAGUCAAGAGAAAACUACAAAAAGUGGUCAAGUCUUGCUCAGGUGUCUUGUCACAUGUCUACACUCAAAGAAAUUAGCAUUGUUGAAAUGCCACUAAGUCAUGUUGACGCCACAGUUCAAAGCACUCAGCUGUCAAAGAAUAAACCCACAAGGACAUUACCAGUCUUAAAUGGAGGACUGUGCUUCUUAAAGUCUGUUGAAGAGGCUAUGCUGGAUUCUUUGGAAAUCAUCAGUGUUGACCAGUGUGAUGACACAAAACUGGAGAUCAUCAGCAAGGAUGAAAUCCAACAAAUUGAGACCUACUUCUAUCGAGGCGGAAAGAUAGACUGGAAAAACUUCUGGCUUGCUGACAAACACAAGUGUGGGGUUAUCAUACAGAGGGAUGCCUACAAAGAAGCAAGCACAAUCCUGGACAAGAUAGCACAUCGUAGCAAUGCUAUACGUUCCAUUGAGAGUGUAAACAUAUACCAUCAACCUGGCAGUGGUGGAAGUACAGUGGCACGACAGAUCCUCUGGAGUUGGAGGACAAAAGUACGAUGUGCAGUUGUUAAACAGUGUAAGGAAAUCACAACUGUGUGUGAACAUGCAGUGAAACUGAGAGAACAUGACGAGAGAGACAAAAACAAAUGUCUGCCAGUGCUCUUGCUCUUGGAGGACCGAAAUGCAGAUUACAUAGAUGAUCUAAGACGAGAGCUUGGAAAUGUCAUUGCAACCAAAAAGAUAAGUCCCUCUGUGUUGUGCUUUAUCCUGCUCAUCUGCAACAGGUCAAAUGAUCCAGAGAGUAGGUGCAGAGCAUCACCAUCUCAAACAGUAGCAGUCACACAUAGGCUGUCAGAUGCAGAGAAACCUUUGUUCUCAGAGAAGCUUGAGCAACUUAAACUGCAGUUUGAACACUUUGAACCAGACUUCAUCCUAACAUUUGUUCUGAUGAGUAAAGGGUUUGAACAAAGUUACAUUGAGGACUUUGUGAAAAAUCUUCUAGAUAAAAUUGAUCAUUCAUCACUUCCCACUCGUCUCAUCAGAUUUGUGGCUCUCUUGAAUUCCUAUGUUGAGGACUCAUACAUAUCUGUGUCACACUGUGAAGCAUCUCUUGGCAUAACUACCUACGUGGAUAAAACUCAGUACCAUGCAUUUGUGGAUCAUCUCAGUGAAGGUGCAAGGCUUCUUUUCAUCCACCUUAAGGAAGGUUCAACACACAUCUCAUCGAUACGGAUUAUUCAUACACUGGUGGCAAAGGAAAUUCUGAGUCAGUUGUCUGUAAAUUUGCCCCAGAGUGAUAUUGCCAUGGAUCUUAUCAAUGACAAGGUACUCAUCAAUCAUAGAUUUGACAGAGAUGAGUUCCUUAAGUUCAUCAGAGCUCUUUUCAUUAGACGGCACAAAAAGAGCAGAGGAGAUCCUAAAGACACAACUUUCUCACCCCUUAUUGAGCAUGUCAGCACAGAAAGAGGUGGCGUUCAGAAAGCUGUUGAUCUCAUGAAAGCAGCUUACAUAGCUUUGGGAAAAGAUGCAUAUGUGGCACAACAGCUUGCCCGGCUGCUUUACACACAUUUGAGAUUUGAAGAGGCCCUAGAAUGGGCAGAGGAAGCAAAAUCUCUGCUUCCAAAUGAUACAUUUGUCCUCGACACAUUGGGACAAGUUUACAAGAAGUGGUUUUACCACUUGUAUGACACCCUUGAGGAAAAAGAGCCAACUCCUGAAAGGGGAAUUGAAAUCAUAAGCACCUGCACUCAAAGGAAUUUCUGCUUUCCGGGCAUCUGAGAAAACACCAAAGAAAGAGACUGUCAGCCUUAACAGCUCAUACUACGGGGAAGUGGAUGUUGGCUGCAGGCUGCUAAACUUUCUGUCAGGAGUAAAUGUUUUUUCAAAUGAUACUGGAAAAUCAGAGUUGAUGCC